UGCAAAACCAAUGCAACGUAAUGAUUUAUCUCUACCUACCUCAACUAUUGAGGAAUUCUUGGAGUUAGAGAGUAAAUUAGUGGACCCAGACCUCCGUCGAGAACUGACUACUCGCAUGAACUCAACACCCGCCGGCACGGUAUCGGAGGCCAUUCGAUACAUGUUGGAUAGGGUUCUGAACAGAGAGGUCUUGAGGCAGCUUAACUUCGCGGGUGCAAACAACGCAAUACCGUUCAAGAAAACGCACACAUUCAGUGCGCUUCAAGAAGUUAUCGUUAACCGAUUUGGGGUCACGGCCAACGCCGUAGCGAACGGCGUUUGCAAAUGGUUACAGAUUACCCGGAGCAAUCUGCACCGGCGUACAUCUGCCGCAUCAAGCAGUCAGGAAUCGCAGCCUUUUGAUUUGAUAGAUUUAGACAAUCAGAGCAAUCAGGAAACACGGACAAACUUGUAAAUGUUUACAUGCACUUUAAUAUACAUUUGUAACCA